CUAAAAGAUAUAUAAAGAAGGUAUACUCGUUAGUCUUCAUCUGUUCUUCGGAAAUGGCAUCCCAUCUUUCCUACUCAUUCUUUAGAGAGAAACAUCAAAGUCAUUAAAGUUUACACGUCUCAGGACGUUGCUUUCAAGUCAAUCUCGAAAGCUUUUGACCGCCACUUCUCCGUUCGAGACCUGCAGCCCGAGACACGCAUAGAAGAGCAAUCAAUAUGGGGGAUAUCGGAACCCCUCCUCGAUGGAAAGACCCCGAAAUCCAGCAUCAAGUGGAUAUUGCACUGCUUGAAGUCGACGCUGCCCAAAAAGAAGCAGAUGAAGCUCGGAGAAAAAUCGUACCCCUUUUGUCAAGGCUACACCGAGGUUCGGUGCUGUUUCCCAGGUCGCAGGGCUACAAAUACUCAGUCUCGGUCAGAAAUCUCUGCUACCGUCUGAAGAGACCUGCUGCUGUUGUACAUGCAGUAACGGCAUGGGAUGUCGUGGCAACAGUUCGAUUCUGCGUCCAAGAAAGGUUGAAGUUGACCAUCCGAAGUGGUGGACACUCGAACGCUGCGCACUGUUUGAACGACAAUGGUAUCGUCCUCGAUAUGCGGAUGUUGAACAAAGUGGUUAUCCACCCUAAUCAUGACAUAAUCUACGUGUCUGGUGGAGCUCUGUGGAGUGAUGUAUAUAGGGAGCUGCAUGAUAAAGAUCCUCGUCUUAUCGUGGUGGGUGGCCAGUGUCCAACAGUCGGCGUGAGCGGUUUCUUACUUGGAGGUGGUAUAAGCCCCUUCUCUCGCUCGUACGGGCUGGGUAUCGACAACAUCGAAGCGAUAGAGAUCGUCAAAGCGAAUGGAGAACUGUGUAUCGUGAGCGCAGAAAAUCAUCCAGAUCUCUUCUGGGCACUCCGUGGCGGAGGGGGCGGUAAUUUCGGCGUCGCAACCGCAUUCUUCCUGAAGGUCCAUACUCUCAAUCAUCCCAAAGGAAUGGUGACUUGUGGUACACUAGGAUGGUCAGUCGAAGACACAAAGUCAAGGAAGAAGCUUAUUGAAACCAUGAAAAACUGGGAUCAAAACCCCCUUCCCGCAGCGCUAUGCGGCGACGCGCUUUGGCGAUACAGGGGAGACCGCAAAACGAAGGAGAAAAGGCUCUGGGCAGAGAUAACAAUCAUGUACAACGGUGGAAAGAAAGAUUGUAACAGCGAGUUGGCUAAGGUUCUGUGCGGCAAACCUGAUGUGAAUAUACUCAAGGAGAUGAACUUCUAUGACUGGGAAGUUGGAGGUGAGGCGUUUGCCAACCAUUCCCAAGUCCAUCAACACCACUCCUCUGUUAUCAUUGAAAAGGGUAGAAUGACAGAACAUGUUGUCAAUCUCAUCACCGAUUGGAUGAUAACAAUGAAAGGACAUGUGCUGGAAAGCGAAAAUGGGAGGUGUCACAAGAAGUCAGACGAAACAGCCUUUCCCUGGCGCACUGGGGAGUACGCGCUUUCCAUGAAAGCAAGCUGGGAUAAUGAAGAUAAGGAGAAGGAAAUGAUUCGAGAAGUCCAAAGACUCCGGGACGAGCUAACGGAAUAUGCCAUUGGAGGGAAAGCGGCGUAUGUGAACUUCAUCAUCGACAAUACAUUGACUAGCUGGUGGGAUGCAAAUUACGAUACCAACUACGAAAGACUCCGGCAGCUGCAGCAAAUCUAUGAUCCUGAAGAUUUCUUCGAGUUUCAGCAGAGUAUUCGAAAACCCCAGAGCGACCAUCCACAAAUACCUACUGUACCAUCACGCACUGCUGCAGUCCAUCUGCCGGAAUUGGAUGAGAAGAAAGCUUUCCUCGAAGAUAUCGAAAAGGGUACCACGCGGACUGAAAGGCCAUUCCCUCAAGAUGCAUCCGCUCAGUCAGUAAGCGAUCUGGGAUACGGCGGUCUUCACGGUGGGCGUUGUCCUGCGGUGUCAUUGAAGCGAUACAUCCUCGGUCUUGUUUCUGGAUUAAAGUCAUAG